AUGUACGCUCCCGGCUACGGCUUUCAGGUUCCCAAUGUUCCUCCGACAUUCAACAACGCCGCCCCACCUCCAAACCAGAACCCUCACAUGCAGCAAGGCUCUGUCCCAACUCAGCCCGGCCAGCAGAUGAUGUACAACCCUAAUCAAUUCGCUGGCAUGCCUGGCGGCCAGCCCGGCUUCAAUCCCGCCAUGAUGUCGGGUGCUGGUCCUGCAGGCAUGAUGCAGAACGCCGGCAUGCCGCACAUGGCCGCCAAUGGUCAGAUGUCCUUCCAGAACCCCUACCAGGGCAAUCCCUACGGCGGUAACAUGCCCGCGCCGGGCGGUCAACAUCCCAACUUUGGUGGAAUGCAGGGCUUCCCGAUGAACGCGGGUAUGACACCGCAGCAGCAGCAACAGAUCAUGAUGCAACAACAGCAGCAGCGCAUACAGGCGCAGCAGCAGGCGCAGCAAGGGCAGGCAAACGCGGGCGGCAUGCCGCUCGGCUCGACACCACAAAGACCGAUGAGCGCGGCUCAAGGAGGCCACGGAUCGCCGAAUAACGCGAUGCAGCAUCAGCAGCAGCAACAACAACAGCAGCAUCAGCAACAGCAACAACAGCAACAACAGCAACAUCCUCAACAACAGCACCAGCCGCAUCACCCCCAGCAGCAACAACAAGGCCAGCCCCAGCAGGGUCAGCCUCAACAGCCUCAGCAGCAGUCUCAGCAACAAGGCCAACAGGCGCAUCCGCAACAACAGCAACACCAGCAACACGCGCAACAGCAACAUCAGCAGCAGCAACAACAACAUCAACAGCAACAACAUGCUCAGCAGCAACAACCUCAGUUCUCCGCCAGUCAACCUCCCUCCCAUGGACACAGCUCCUCGACAUCCGCUCCGCAGCAACAGCAUGUGGCGGCCUCUGUCACGACCCCUCAAACCCCGACUUUUCCAUCCCAUAACCAGAACGCGACCGUCAACGGCACUUCAACGGUUUCGACGCCACUGAGCCCUGGCAGCGAGUCGCGGGAGCAGGAAAGGUUCUCGUUGUUGCUGGAGAUAAAUCAAGAGCUGCUGUUCGAGUCUAUGCAGCUGCAACAUACCCUGACUGAGUUAAAGAAGGAAGCUGCGUCAUCAGGGGAGGGCGACCAGGGGAGGAAACCGUCCCAGGAAGAGGCGGCGAUGCAACAAGAUUACAGCCAUUGCAUGCGAAGGCUUCAAGCGAACCUAGCAUAUCUGGCUGCACUCGCGGAUAGGAAAGGGAACGUUCAGGUCCCACCGUCUCCGGCAUACCUCUCUUCUCCGCCAUUAAACAUGGCACUCAAAGUUCGCGUAUCGACUCCACCUGGCGACGUGCCAGAAAAUAAUCCGGACCCGAUGACGGAUCGCCAGGAAAGAUCGAGCUAUUUAUCAGAUCUCUACACCAAACUGCAGGCUCUCUUCCCCAACGUCGACCCCAAGAAGGAGCCGGCUUUCCAAACACCAGCACGCCCACAAGGCCAGCACCCGGGCCAACCGGGCCAACCGGGGAUGGGACGAGGGCAGCGAGCACAGGGUCACCAGGCCAGCCCUGGCAUGGCUCAAGCUCAACGUCCCAUGCAGAUGCAGAAUAUGCAAGGCGCCCACCAGGCACAGGGAAUGGCACCGUCAUAG